AGGUUAAUUCCUCAUUAGUAGGCCCGAUCCCGACUGUAAACAUGGCAUCUUUGAGAAGUUUGAUUCUUGCGGUGCUGCUUGCGCUGCUCUGCUCCUUCCACACCCCACUGGCUCCCACUGCCAAGGCGCAGGAUCUGCCAUUCCGCUCUGAGCAAGGUCUGGUCGCUGACGAUGAUGAUGAUGAUGAUGACGAUGACGAUGACGACGACGAUGACGACGACGACGACGACGAUGAUGAUGACGAUGAUGAUGACGAUGAUGACGACGAUGAUGAUGAUGAUGAUGACGAUGAUGAUGACGAUGAUGACGACGAUGAUGAUGAUGAUGACGAUGAUGACGAUGAUGACGACGAUGACGACGAUGACGAUGACGAUGACGAUGAUGAUGACGAUGAUGACGAUGAUGACGACGAUGAUGAUGAUGACGAUGACGAUGACGACGAUGACGACGGAGACGAUGAUGACGAUGAUGACGACGAUGACGAUGACGACGACGACGACGACGACGAUGACGAUGAUGAUGAUGACGACGACGACGACGAUGACGAUGAUGAUGAUGAUGAUGAUGAUGACGAUGACGACGAUGACGAUGAUGAUCAUGAAGAUGAUGACGAUGAUGACGAUGAUGACGACGACGACGAUGAUUAUCACAAGGGCUCUGUGUGCGCAUAUUGUGAAUUCUGUGAGCACUGUGACAGCUGUGACAAAUGUCCUUGUGAAGAGGGAGACAAGUCUGAACACUGUGAUGACUGCAAGAUGUGCAGUUUCUGCCACGUGUGUCCUAUUUGCAAAACUGUUUGCCAGCCUGGAGGUUUUCUUGAUGAAGUUACUGGCUCAAUCUACAAGACUGUAGCUGAUGUCUUUGAUGAUGAUGAUGACAACUGAACCCAACCAUAUGUUGCCACCAUGUGGCCAAACUAAUAUGUUUCACCUUCACUACUGAUUUUCAUUGUUAUUUUUGUCUUUUUCUUUGAGAUCAUUAAACGUUUGCUCACCAAUGGCUGAAUAGAAAAUGUUAAAA